AUGGAUGAAAAGAAAAUGAAGGGAGUGUGCCACGAACGUCCAGCAAGAGAAGAUAUGAUAAGCAAAUUACCCGACUCUUUGAUAUCUCAGAUACUCUUUUAUCUUCCUACAAAAGAGGCUGUUAAGACUAGUGUUUUGUUCCAUAGGUGGGAAGGUCUAUGGCUUCUGAUCUCUGAGUUGGAUUUGGACUCUUCCGAGUUUCCAGAGUACAAUGCAUUCGCCCGUUUCGUCGACUGGUUCCUACAGAAGUCUUGCUUGCCCAAGCUCAAGCUAAAGAUUCUGAAACGUAAGAACGUUAAGUCUCGCGUCACUCGUUGGAUAGACUUUGUGGCGAGGCGUAAACUAAUUAAACAUGUUGACGUUGAGUAUAUCUAUGUCUCUCGUAAGCGUUUGGAAGUGAUGCCCGCAAGCCUCUAUGUCUGCGAGACGCUCCUUUACCUAAGACUCAAUCGGAUAUUGGUUGGUAGUUUUGACUCUGUUUCUUUGCCAUGUCUCAAGACUAUGCGUUUAGAAGAAAACAUAUAUGACAGUGAUACGGGUCUAAAGUCACUUAUCUCGUCUUGUCCAGUUCUAGAAGAUUUGAGCAUUGUUAGAAGGCUAGAUGAUAAUGUGAGUGCACUCUCAGACAAUAACCAGUCUUAAGGUAGAACAUGAUUUUUAACUCCAUUUGUGUAUUCAUUCAUCUUUAUAUAAUUUUUUUUGUAGGAUUUAACUCAUUCAAAGGUAGACACGCUUCCAAUAGCACUCUCGUCCGUGCCUCCUCAGUGUUUGUUGUCAUCGCUCGAGUUUGUAGAGAUAAAAAGCAGAUACGAGGCAGAGUUUGGUUUGAUGGAACUAGCAAAUUACUUUGCAGAAAAUUCUGUGAUCCUAAAGAAACUCGUUGUGUGUUGGAAACGUUCUAAGCUAGAAGAAGAUACCGUCUUAAGUGACCUUGCAUUGCAGUGGCAAUCUAGCACAUGUCAAAUCGAAGUUUGUGGACCGCUAAAAAGACUUGCAGUGUAGACUUAUCAUAGGUCUUUGUGAGCUUUUGUGAUAACAAGAACAUGGUUUUGUUGGAAGUUUGAAACUUGUAGCAAUUAAUUUGAAGGUUCCAUUUAACUUUAUGGUUAUUUAUUAUAGUCAACUGGUCAACAUGCUACAUUCAAAUGAGUGUUCCAAAAGUCAUGAACACUGAGCGAAGUCUCCGCGUAGACUUCAUCUCCCUCUCUUGCCACUGGAUCUCCCAAACCACAACCCCCUAAAGCCAUCAAGUGAUACUAUUCUGAAGGAGUUGCCUUCUCAAAUCAACAAGUGACUCGCAGUUUCUUCCUCUCUCUCUCUUUUCCCAUAAGUGAAACAUAUAGUUCAAACUGAAUGACGGUUACUAAGACAAGGUCAGGCACUGAUCUAAAUAAAUCCAAGAUACGUUUGUUUAAAGCAAGAGGGGCGAUACUUCCGUGGGUUUGUUUACAAACAUACGCGCCAAUUAGCUACAGCCAGCAUCUAUCACAAAGCUACCAAAACAGAGUGAAGAUAUUCAAAACAUGGUGGCUAGAAAGAUUCUAAUGCCCUAUCAUUUAACAUGCACUGUCACACUCCCUUUACUAAAUAUAAAGCUCCAGAAUCCAUAAUCUACUUAAAAUAGGUCCUCUUGUGAGUCAGUGAGUUCGGAUGAAUCGUCGUUAUUUGCCAUGAGAGGUUCAAAGAGUGUUAAGCAGGUAACCGUGAAAGUGUGAGUGGCUUUUUAGUGUUUUAUGUUCAAAAACAUUUUCAGAUAAUUAAUAAAUUCUCCCCUGUUUAUUUCUUGUUUUUGUUUCGACCCUAAACAUUUUCAGAUAAUGUUUAACAUUUGAUAUAAAACGCGCCUAGUAGUUCUAUCCAUUGUUUUUAAAAUGCUUUCUUGUCCAAUGUCCUAGAGAUUGGACUUGGGUUGUGGUGAUUUUGGUUGAAUUUUCUAUUACUAUAGGAUUCCAAUAAACUGUUUCUAUGUAUUAGAGCAUCAGCAAAGCUGAUACUGAUGACUCGAUAACCAAGGCAAUUUUUUUAAUUAUUUUAUUAGUUUUUCAGCUUUUAAAAAAAAAAUAGUAGCCAAUUGCGGACUCCCAUGUGACGAUUGGGUCUGCGCACAGUAACAUAUUUGUGAGUAAAAUAAUCUUUAGCUAAGGAUUAAAAGAGAUAAAGUUGGCACAAAUUCUUAAAUUGUUUGGGUUCCACAAAUUAUUAUAAUAAUUUAAUUUUAAGGAUUUUUGGUUAAGGAUGAGCAUUGCACGUGCUCUUAAUUAAAUGUUGUAGUAUAAAGGAUGUCAAACCAGUUCUAAGUGAUUCUAAAGCAAACGGAAUGCAAGACAAUGCUUAAUCUAAGUGCUAUCAGUUUGUGAGAUGUUUUUGAACUAGAGAACUACUAAAAUGCAAUAAAAGACAAAGCUUUCUUUCUUAAGAGAUGGGAGAACUCAUGUGCUAAGGAAAUUGACUUUGAGUG